CACACCUGCACACUCACACGUACGCGCUCACCAAUUUCCAGAGAGAGUUUUCGAGUUUUUGUUUAGUUUUUAACGAUUCUGCGAUUGCAACUCGAAUUGAACGCCUGGGGCGAGCGCAGCGCAGCUCCCGACAAUACAAUAUAAUUGCGAGGUCGAUAAGAACGGGGGACGGCGCAGAGCUUCAGGCGAUACGAAGCUCGCAAGACUGGACUUCAGAACGCGAACUUUGAGCAGCAGCGCAUCCACAUCCACGAACGUCGCCCCAAAAUUCAUGAAUGCCCAGCAGCGGAUUUGGAUUCGGCUCCGGAAUCAAUAGCGAAAGACAGCAGCAAAGCGGACAGCCCGACAACACAAAAACUGGGUUUGCAACACCGCGGAUUGCACACACACAAUAAUAAUUAGGAAUGGCGGCCAUUGAGGAGCGCUUCCAGGCGGCGGUCAACGUUAUCAAGGGCCUGCCCAAGAAUGGACCCUACCAGCCCAGCACCAGCAUGAUGCUCAAGUUCUACGGCCUGUUCAAGCAGGCCACCGAGGGAGGCUGCGACCAGAAGAAGCCCGGCUUCUGGGACAUCGUGGGCAAGGCCAAGUGGGAUGCCUGGAACGAUAACCGGCACCUGACCAAGGAGCAGGCCAUGCAGCGGUACGUGGAGAGCCUGCAGGAGAUCAUCGAAACGAUGUCCUUCACGGAGAACGUGCAGAACUUUGUGGGCAGCCUCGAUGGCCUGGGGAACAUCAGCUUGGACGAACUGGAGCUGGUCUCGCCCGGCAUGCGGGAGCUGGCCGAAUCGCAUCCCAACUCGCCGUUCCACUCGCGCACCAACAGCCCCCAGCACGGUUCCAGUUGCAAUAGCGAGGCGGAUGCGGAGGUGGCUGCCACACCGCUCGUCGCCUCCACCGAAACGAUAAAGGAGAACGGACACAGUACGCCGCCACUGACCAAUGGCUUUGCGCCCAAAUCCUCCAACUACGCACAACACGACUCGCACAACUUUACGAGCAACAGCAGCGUGGCCAUUGUGGAUCCCUCGGACGACGAGUACGACGAUCCCUACGAUCUCAGCCACGAGCUGACUCAGGCCAUUGCCCAGAACACGGAUUUGUUGCGCCAAAUUCAGGCGGCCAUCUCGCGCAUGAACAACGAUGUGGGUGCAGUGCAGCAGCGGGUACGCAGCCUGGAGCAGUCGCUCAACGAACUUCGCAGCGGCCAAAAGGGAACAGCGAAAGGAACACAGCCACGAUCACUGCCCGCCUGGUGGCCCUUCAGGAACAUCUCCCCGCUGUGGUUCGCCGUCCUCAUCCUGUGGCCCUUUCUGGUGCGACGCUUUGCGAGGAUGCUGCAGAGCACUCCGCAGCGCAGGCACUGACGCAAAGGGGCUAUAUUCGAGGAGGGAGGAACAUGUAAUAGUUAAAUUUUACCUUUGGUUACGGGCACGAGCUUGGUCUUUGGCUUUCCUCUAUCCUGGAAAGCGCUCCAGUUAUUGUACAGAGUUGGCCUUAUUUAUACUUUUCUAACCCCCGGGUUAUCCAGUUGCAAUAUCUUUACUCCCUUUUUUGUACGUCUCUUUAUGUAUAUUUAUUUUGUACACACAAAUCGCGACCUUUUUUGUCACAUUCCCCAUCUGAUUUAGUUUGUAAGUCGAAUGUUUCUGGCACUUUGGUCCAGCAGGAGGCGAGUUUUGGCAUUCUGAAAGCGCCGACCUGCUGAAAUACGGUUGUAAGCGUAUACUUUAUUGUGCAUUAUUUGUUGUUAAUUAUAAUUUUUGUAAUAAAGUCGUAUGUGAAAAAAGA